GUUGGGGAAGGCCGUUCGUCUGUUUUCUCCCUAAAAACAAGGGUCACCAUCCACAAAAUGGCAAGAGCUCCUUGGCGGUGCCUCCUGAACGUUAGCUGUUGAGCCAUGCAAAGCCAACCUCUCCUUAAAUCCCCCUGUUAAUGCGCCAUGAAUUCCCCAACGCUCCUCCGCCACCACUCCGCCCAUCAAUCGCCGUCGCAAAUUCCCGGUUCCUUCCGCGCCCGUGAUCCUGUCGCCGGACCACCACCGGUGAGAGAGCCAGCAGCGAGACCAACCAACCAACGCAACCCAACCAUGGCGGCGGCGCCCGUGCGCGCGUGGCUGGUGGUGCUGGCGCUGGCGUGCGCGCUGUUGCUGCUGGGGUCGGCCGGCGGCGCUGAGGCGGCGCCCGCCCCGCAGUCGUCGGAGCACGCGGUGUCGUCGGGCGCGCACAAGCCCAAGUGCGAGCACGGCGCCGUGAACGACAAGGCCUGCCGCGUCGGCGCCGUGCACGACCCGGAGAACCAGGAGGAGGAAGGCUUCAGCGUCACCGCCAAGGCGCCCACCGGCGCGUCCGACAGCGACAGCGACGACGACUACAACGACCCCGACGAGCCCAACGAUGACCAGCUCGUCGUCGUCGGCCACUGAUGGAUCGAGCCGCCGGUCGAGAUGGAUCAAUGCAAGCAUGCAUGAAGGAGAUGAAUGAUGGAUUAUUGGAUUGGCUAAUGGAACCCGCCGGUGUUAGUUCAUGAUCUUGACGGGUCGACACUGAUUGGACUUGAAUGUUGUUUGAUUGUGUUUCAUUGAUUGUUCUUGUUAACUAGUGUGUACGGUAAAUUGCUUAAUGCUAUUGAUCACCAAGUGUGCUGUGAAGUGUGAA